CCACACCCCACCUUCCUCCUCACCAUUUUCACUCCCCAAUCCCUCACCAAACCCCUCGCCGUCCUAACAGCCACAGCGAAGCACCGCCUCCUCUCCGCCGACAUAACGACGCCCCUCCUCCUCGCCCCCUCCAACGCGUCUCUCCCCGCUACUCUAUCCUCCCUCCACCAACCCUCCGCUGCCAUACCCCUCGACACAUUCGUUCAAAUCCUCGAGAUCCUCGACGUCGGGAGCAGCAAAUGGGAACAAAUCAGCACAUUAGAAAGUGAGCGCAAAGGCGAGACGACGAAAGGGCGGGAGAUAAUCCGUGUUUUACCACCCGCUGCGGGGGAACAUGAUCGUGGCUCCACAGCCGCUACGCAACACAUAGCACCUCCCCCUCCUCCAACAGGACCGUCAAAUCCGACGUUAGGCCCGCAUAAAGUGCUACUUCAGGAUAUGAAGGGGACGAAGAUCUGGGGGUUUGAGUUCACGCGUAUAAUUGGGCUGGGAGGAGCGAGUAUUGGGUGUAAGAUGUGGUUGAGGAAGGGGUGUCGGGUUGCGAGGGGGAUGGUGUUGCUUGAGCCCGGAUCAUGUGGAGUUGUGGGGGGCAAGAUUGAGGGGUUGGAUAGGGGUUGGAGGGAGGGGAAGGAAGGGAGAUUGAGGGCC